CAGCUGGAUCAUCCUCUGGUUUGCCAGUUGUUGGUCCUCCCCUUCCCCCUACUUUUUACUGGCUAUAUCCCUGCUAUCUUUCAGUCCAGAUGAAGGGUGUCAAUGCAAAAUAUUGACUGUCCACUUCCUUCCUGGCUCAUUGAGUUCCUUCAUAACUUGUGUGUUGAUGGAAAUACCAAAUAAGUAUUUUCUCUCAACCAGGCCUUCACCCUCCAGGUUCAUGUCAAUCAUCAUUACCCAUUAAUAGUAAUCCUAAACUCAACUCCUUUUAUUUACAUCACCUCGCUCCAGACUAUACCAUUCAACUCCCCAUUGGGGGAAACUUACAGUACAAUAGCCAAUUAUCCUGCCAAUGCACAAGUCUUAAAGAUGUGGAAGAAAAUCAGAGACCCUGGUUACAGGGAGAGCAUGCAAAUUCGACACAGCAGCACAAGUCAGGAAUGAGUCCUGGAUGCUGGGCCUGUGAGGCAGUGGCUCUAAAAGUAUUUCCUAUCCUACAGUCAUUAAUGUAUUCAUUUCUUUUUAAUUCAAACUUGCAGGUUUUUUCCCCGUCAUCGAGGUGCUGUGUCCUGUGGCUUGUUACUCAUUUUCUAAUCUCUCACUAUUCACUUGACACUUACUGUCAGGAAUAUUCAGGCUCUGUUUCUGGAGAUGUCGGUUCACCUUCCUUGGAAGAGUCUGCUACUGAAGAUUUUCACAGACAAUCAUCAGAAAGAGGAUCAGGAAAUAGUUCCCCUGAAAUAUCUGGUGAUCUGCAUAUAACCACACCAAGCAUUUCCAAUAUCAUUGAAACCCCACUGGAACUUUAUCCUGAAUUAUCAGUUUCUGGAGGAUCUGAUCAAGAAGGAAGUGGGUCAUCCAUGGGAAGUCUGCAAAUGCUGACAGAUGGAGUUACUAACAUGUUGGAUGCAUUAAGAGUAACCGCCGCAGCUGGAGUCCAUGAAGUGGAGGGACCACAAGCUGACUUAAUGGCCUAUCGCUUAGAACCAGGACUGCAGAUUAGGAGAGAAACAAGACUUGUGCAUCCGUAUGGAUUCCCGACAGAAUUCUCCAUGGUCGCAACCUUUAGGAUGAGAGAAGACACUCCAAGGAUGGUAUGGGAUUUGUGGGAGAUAACUGACAGCUACGGUGAUGAGCAGUUCCGACUUCGUCUGUACAGUGAGACCAAAGCUGUUGAAAUCUACAGUGCCGCGGCAUUGGGAGGGAGCGUCACCACCUUUGAGAAUGUGGGACAGCUGUUUGACCGGGACUGGCACAAGCUCUCACUUGGUGUGACAAGGACCCAGUUGACUUUAUUUGUUGAUUGCCAGCAGGUUGGCACAGUUCCCUUUCAACUGCUUGGAUCCAUUGCCAUCGAUGGAGUUAGUGCUGUAGCUAAAGGAGCAAGGAGUGAUGCUACGCUUCCUGUGGAUGUACAACAAUUCAAGAUCUACAGCAACCCAAACAAGGCGGCUGAGGUAACCUGCCGCGAACUGUCAUGUUCUGGUGAAAUAAGAAGACCUGGUGAAGAAGGCAGUGGAGAUUCUUCUGGUGAAGUGGGUUCACUUGGAUUUCCUGGAAUGUCUGCUAGUGAUGGCUUACCAGGCAAUGAUGGCCCACGGGGAAUACCAGGAAUACAAGGGGAAAGUGGACAAAUGGGACCAAAGGGGGAGAAAGGAGAUCCAGGAUCCAGAGGACCACAAGGCCCACGUGGUUUACCAGGGCUAAAGGGUGAUUCAGGUGAACCUGGAAUAGCUGGAGAACCAGGAUUCUCUGGAGCAAAGGGUCUACAGGGUGAGCCAGGUGAAAUGGGUCCUGAUGGUCAGAAGGGUGAGUCUGGAGCAACCGGAGCUAAAGGAAAAUCUGGACAGAAGGGUAACCAAGGUGAUAAAGGUGACAAAGGACAGCCUGGCAUACAUGGUCCACCAGGAGGCAUUGGAACAGCAGGCAGUCGAGGUGUACCUGGAGUACCUGGACCACCUGGAUUCCCAGGGCCUGUAGGACAGACUGGUGUACCUGGACCAAGAGGGGAGCCGGGGCCUGUAGGAGCACAUGGUCCAGGAAUACCUGACGACCAACUCUAUGAAUUGUGUGAAAGAGUAGUGAAUGAACAAAUAGCCAUCUAUGCACCUUUGAUCCAACGGGUUUGUACAAUGGCCUGCCCGACCAAAAAUGCAACAUUGAUAGGACCCCCUGGUUCUCCUGGCUUGCCAGGCGAACGAGGACAGCAAGGUGAUUCGGGUAGACCAGGACUGGUUGGUAAACCUGGACCAAGAGGCAGAACAGGAUUACCUGGACCAAUAGGUGCUCCAGGACAAAAAGGAGAUAAAGGUGAAAAAGGUCCAAUUGGAGUGCAAGGGUGUGGACUUCCUGGAGCAGAUGGAAUACAAGGACCCAGAGGAUACCCUGGGCAUCCGGGAACUGCUGAAGAUGGAGAACCAGGCCCACAAGGACCAAUUGGAUACAGUGGGCCCUCAGGCCCACCAGGACUGCCUGGAAUACCAGGAAUUCCUGGAAUAUGUGAAGCUAGAAACUGUUGAAUCUAUAUUGCUGCUGUUCAGGCUCAACAUAGACAUAUGAAAGGUUCGAAUUAUUUGUGUUCAGCCGCAAACUAAAGCCAGCAUCUAAAAUAAAAGCAUAACCAGAGACAAGAAUUCAUCAUUACUCUGAGAAGUGAUGAUCAAUAUUACACUAUAUAGUUUUGUAUCUCUUGGUAAAACUGACAUUAUGUCGUAAGGUGUUAAUGCACAGGCGUUUUAAAGGAUAUAAUUUUGUAGUUCGAUGUCAAAGUUGCAUGUAAGAAUUAUUCUUCAAAUAAUGUGCUUAGGUAAAUAAUUAAACAAAAUAUUCCUUUUUAAUGUUAUGGAUUUUUCAAUCCAAUAGAGUAUUUAACAUUAUAUCCAACUGUUCAUUUAUAAUUUUCAAAUAAUUUCAAACCUUUUAAUUUAAAAUAGCGAGUAAGGUAAAAUUAAAUCAACAAAUACCCAGGUAAAAAUCGACACAAGUUACUCAAAAAUAUGUUUGUUUUGAACAAUGUUAAAUUAAAAAAGCAAAACUUAGAAAAACAAAUGUCAAUCUGCUAUUCUUUACACAGCUCACAACACCACUUCUAUGAGACUUGACAUCACACAUUCACUUAAAAUUCCUUGGUAUCAUUUCAGAUUUAAAACCAGAAUUGAAACAGGAGUGUAUAUUGUAGUGGUUCUACAAACUACUCACUGUCAUAGAAUAAUAAAGCACAGAAACAGACCAUUUGGUCCAAUACAUCCAUGCUGACUGAGAUUGCCACGUAAACCAGACUCGUUUCCCUCUCAGCUAUUCCUAUCCAUGAAUUGUUCAACUGUUUCAAAAAUGUUAUUACUGUAUCUGCCUCAGCCAUUUCCUCAGGCAGCUUGUUCAAUAUGCCCACUAUCUGUGUGAAGAAAUUGCCCCUCAGAACCUUUUUAAAUCUUUCCCUUUCAUGUUAAACCUAUGUCCUCUAGUUUUUGUUUCUCUUUUGCAGAGGAUUAAACAACUGUGUGCAUUCACCUAUCUAUGCCCCUCAUGAUCUUAUACAUCCCUAUAAGGUCACCCAUCAGUUUUAAUUUCUCUUCUGCCUGUCUGAUCUCUUGUUCAGAAGUUCUAGUUUCAACAGCAACUUAACUGUACUAGCAUGAGAAACCUCCAAAUCGUUCUUGCCCUGCUCAGGUUUGGGAGGAAAUCGAUUUUUUUAACCUAUUUCUCCCCCCAAAAUCCCAUACAAUGGUCAAAGAAAUCAGUAAAAACUAAUGCUUCACUGGUCUUUUUGUCUAGGGAAAAAGCAAAAGAGUUUUUAUCAUGUUACCGAUGUGAUAAAUCUGUAAAUUGGUUCAAGGUUAUGAGGUGAGCUCCCUUAUUGGAGGAGUUUACAGGGAAGAUGAUGGAUAGGAUGUAAAAAUGUUUAGAAAGUUUCUUUGAAAAUGUGCUACUUCCCCACUAAUUCCUGGGUACCUUUGGUUCUCAACUUUUCCAAGUAGAAAAGAACUAUUUUGGAUGGAAUUGAGAAACUAGAGGGUGUGUGCUGAGAGCUAAUAGAUACCCUACAAAGGUGGUGGAGAAAUCAUCAUCCCUCAUGAACUACCACAUUGUUACAUCAGGCACACUUCAUCUACCCAAUCUGCAAAGAGUCUGCCAUUGGCCACCUCAGAAUCAGAAAUCGUAACACAAACCAGCCUCGAUUCUAGGGAAUUGUCUAAGAAGGAGAAGGACAUAGAUUGAUAAUUCUGUUUAACAAUAAGACUGAUAUUAAUACUUCCUAAUUGUAUUGUUAAACUUGAGUUCUUCAUCAUCAACAUGUGCCAUACUCUGCCAGAGCCUUGGCGACCACUUUCUUCUACUGUGAUCUGUCGACAGUCAAACCUCUUGCAUCUCCGGCAGCGAGGCUGGUCCACUUCUUGAUGUUGACAAUCUAGGUCAGGGGUCAGCAACCUUUACCACUGAAAGAGCCACUUGGACCCGUUUCCCACAGAAAAGAAAACACUGGGAGCCGCAAAACCCGCUUGACAUUUAAAAUGAAAUAACACUGCAUACAACGUUUUGUUUUGCCUUUAUGCUAUGUAUAAACAAACUAUAAUGUGUUGCAUUUAUGAAAUUGAUGAACUCCUGCAGAGAAAAUGAAAUUACAUUUCUGCAUGCAACAAAAACAUUUUGAACUCCGAAAAAAAGACGUUGGGUUGAAGGUUACUUUUAAGUAAAAUACUCAACGUCUAUUUGAGUCCUUCUUGUAUUUAUGAAAAACGCCAAACUUAAAUUUGCCGCCAGCAGCAAACCAAAAAUAA